AUGGAACGGGUGAAGAAAGUGAAGCUAUAUGGGUCUGAGACAAGCCUGUUUUGUGUCAUGGUCCAUCAUGCCCUUAAGCUCAAGGGUGUGCCCUACGAGUAUGUGGAGGAAGACCUUCAGAACAAGAGUGAGUCACUCCUCAAGCUUAAUCCGGUCCACAAGAUGGUGCCAGUUUUGGCGGUGGAUGGCAAGCCCAUAGCCGAGUCACUCGUUAUCUUGGAGUUUAUUGAGGACACAUGGAAGGAACCUCCUCUCCUCCCUCUGCAUCCCUACAUGAGAGCUAAGGCCCGUUUUUGGGCUUAUUUCUUCUACAACAAGGUACAAGAUGAUUAA